UCGCGACAAACGAUGGACAGGCCGAUGGACAAACCGAAAUCGUCAAUCAGUACCUCGAAAUCGCUCUCCGAGCGUACAUCGGGCCAUCGCGCGAUGAUUGGUCGGAAUUACUAGACCCACUUGCCCUCUCCUAUAACACAUCGCCUCACACGAGCUCCGGAUUCUCGCCAGCCUAUCUCUUACGUGGAUAUCAGCCC